CGCCACCGUGAGUAUCCCGUUAUGCUGGCCCUAAUCAUCCUCCCCAGCGUAUAUGUCGCGUUUCUGGCUGGAAUCGCGCCUGCGGGACGAUGGAUGCGCUCUUGUGACUUUGGAUGACGCUCACAUCCGCUCUGCUUACUUAGGCUAGUCGCCAUGGGUCGCCGUCCCGCUCGUUGCUACCGCUAUUGCAAGAACAAGCCCUACCCCAAGUCUCGUUACAACCGCGGUGUCCCCGACCCUAAGAUUCGUAUCUUCGAUCUUGGUCGCAAGCGUGCCUCCGUAGACGAGUUCCCAUACUGCUGCCAUCUCGUUUCCGAUGAGUAUGAGCAGCUUUCCAGCGAGGCCCUUGAGGCCGCUCGUAUCUGCGCCAACAAGUACGUAACCAAGACCUCUGGCAAGGACUCUUUCCACUUGAGGGUCCGUGUCCACCCAUUCCACGUCCUGCGUAUCAACAAGAUGUUGUCCUGCGCUGGUGCAGAUCGUCUGCAGACCGGCAUGCGUGGCGCGUGGGGCAAGCCUUACGGUACCGUCGCUCGUGUCAACAUUGGCCAGAUCAUCCUCUCUAUCCGCACCAAGGACUCAAACGCCGCCGUCGUCCAGGAGGCUCUCCGCCGUGCCCGUUACAAGUUCCCUGGCCGGCAGAAGAUCAUUGUCUCUCGCAAGUGGGGCUUCACCAACGUGAAUCGCGAAGAUUAUCUCAAGCUCAAGGAGGAGAAGCGCGUGUUGCAGGAUGGCGCUUACGUCCAGUACAUCCGUCCCCGGGGUAACUUGGAGAACAACCUCCGUGCCCAGCUUCGCGCUUGAUUAUGUCAUGUAUACUAUCCACCAUCCACAACAUCGGUGUUGGUCUGUACUAGCGAUGUGUAUCGAAGUUUGACUGGUUGAUGGUUAGGGGAAACGGGGCAUAUAUCAACUUUCAUCCUCGUCAAUCAAGCUUCUUUCUUCCACUCUUCCCUUGUGGACGGGGUUUCUGACUCCAAGCCAAGAACGCAGUGGAUGCGUACAUUACUCCAUAUUUCCGUAGACAUCACUUGUUUCUGGACUGGUUGCCUCAAUGACACCAUUGUCUGUUCCUCCGCUUGAUGUUUGUCGCGUAUCAUCAGUGUGUAUAGUAUCGACUGUACAUGUUAUGGAUACGUAUUCACCGGUCAUUGGUGGAGAGUAUUCCAGCGUUGAUGAUUG